UUCUUUGCUCCGAUGUGGAAUGAGCUUCAUGGAAGAGAUUGUUUUUGCAUGUUCUUUUGGCUGACGAGUGGAUUCAUAGUUGUGUGUUGGCGAUGUUUUGAUGAAAGUUUAUCAGCACUUUCAAUGGUUGCAAAUCGGCGCGGAUCCGACAAAACAAAAGAGGCCCGUUUUUAAUGUGAUUCAUCAUCCGUACAAGAGUGGAAAUUAGAGCGGAUGAUGGUUUGAUAACCAUGACGUUAGAUGGAGCUUUUGUGCUUGCGAUUGACUGCGUUUGUGGCGUCUAUUGUCCUGCUCUUCAUUCUUUUGGAUUAAUCUCUGACCUGCCUUCACUCCCUCUCUCUUUUUGUCUCUCUCUCUCCAUAAUGGGGGACUCAUUUUUGUAACGCGCUUUUGUGAGUUGUUGACACAUUGGUCCUCGACUCUCUCUCUCUCUAACUGGCUUUCAGCCACUGAUAAAGACUCUGGGAGUGGACGAGUAGAAAGCCAAAGCGCUACAUUUAUGCGACAGUGAUAAAUACAUCCGAGUAGCUUGGAGGCAGUUGGUAGGUCAUUUGAAUUGCAUUGAUUUUUUACCUCCACCAAGGAGGCGGUGUAUUCAUGUUUGCUUUCUUUGUGUUAUGCUUUUUCAUAUAGCCACAAAAAUCAAAUACAGUCCAUAAAGUAGACGCUGGUCUACCUUGAAAAAAGAUCCCAUAGUCCCAUAGGAAAUACUAACGCAUUCAUUCCAAGAUUAAAAAAAAACACUGUAAUUAUCAGUACAAACAAUGUUGAAAUAAACAUUUAAACAUUAUUAAUUAUGCAUCAUAUUUUCGUGUUAAACAAUCCCAAAGCAUACACUAAUGAGGUUUACGCAGUGAGCCCUGAAACACGUUUUCUAUGGCUCUGCACACUCGGUUUACCGAGUUCGACUGAUACUAAUGCGAUCCCGACUUCCUGAUAUGGGCUGCAGAUUGCCUGCCCACAGUAAACUUGGACAUAUAUAUCCAUAAGUGUGACCAAUCACAGCGGAGUGGGUGUAAAUUAAACAGAACGUUUGCGUCAGAAGCAGGAAGUCCAUGGAAACACUGCAGAAAGAAGUACAGAGUCUGGAAGAUCUAGAAAGCUUUCUGUGCGGGUUAUUAUGUGCAGCUGCACACACCUACUAUAUAAUGUGUUUAUUUUGUUAAUAAUUGGUUUUGUGUUUUUUUCCCCCUAAUAAAACUAAGUAAAAGUGAUGCUAACUGUUGUUUUCAGUUUGUCAAUUCUAAUUAUUUUUGCAUAAUUUUCUGCAUUAUUGACUAUAAAAUGUGUUUUGGGUGUGUAAGUCAGUAUAAGUCACACCUGACUAUAAGUCCCAGGACUAGCCAAAUUAUGAAAUAAACAUAUGACUAUACUCUAGAAUACUGUAUUCUAUGUACUUCACUGCCACAACUAUUGGACCAGUACAGUAUACUGGCUUAUUGUGGCACACACACACAAAGUCCCUCCUUCAUGCUUGGCACGAUGACCUAAGUGUGUAGGCGGGGCUUGCAAUCAGCAGGAAGUCGUACUUCCAAACUUGCCUGUGUUUGAUACUUGCCAUUUGGUCACAACAGAAGUCCACUUGGAGAGGAGUCACUUUCAUUCUGUGACAUGAAUCACUGUGGACGUGCGAGUGAGUGAGAGAGAGAGAGAGAGAGAGAGAGAGGAUGGGAAAAUCUGUCAACAGGCGUCACAACAAGUGUGUGUGAGAGAGCGAGAGAGAGAGUGAGCGACUGUUGCUUCUCGCUCAGGCUCAGCAUCAACCCGGGCGGGAUGCUCACAGAGCCCCCGUUGUCAUAGUGACAGAGGGGAAGCGAGCCGAGCCCGCUGAUUGUACCACCUGAUUGUGUGUUUGCGAGAGAGCGACACUGGGAGGGCGAGGGAGAAAGAGAGAAAAAGAGAGAGAGAGUGGGCAGGCUUUUUUUUUUUUUUUUUUGCUGUGAUCACUGUUUUCAUCAGUAGUCCUGAGCCGCUGUGCCUCGGGGGGAUUGCAGGCGUCGCGUUUGAACCGUCUCUUUAAUCCGGAUCUUUGCUUACACACACUUAACUAACUAACUAGGUGGCGUGCCGCCAUGCAUGACAUGGCGACCCGUGCGUGUCGGUGCCCUUGCACGCUUUGACCCGCUCUCACUGCGAUGUGAGCGACUUGAUGCUGGGUGCCUUUUGACAACAAGGCCCCCCCCCCCUUCCUCCUGCCAUGGAAGAAUGCAAGCAGAUCAUGGCACGCCAGAAAUCUAACAGCCAGUCAGACUCGCACGACGAUGAGGUCUCUCCCCCGCCGCCCAACCCGGUCGUCAAGGCCCGCCGCCGUCGCGGUGGGGUGAGCGCCGAGGUCUACACCGAAGAGGACGCCGUCAGCUACGUGCGCAAGGUGAUCCCGAAGGACUACAAGACCAUGACCGCCUUGGCUAAGGCCAUCUCCAAGAAUGUUCUGUUUGCUCACCUGGAUGACAACGAGAGGAGCGACAUAUUUGACGCCAUGUUUCCCGUCACCCACAUCGCUGGUGAAACGGUGAUCCAGCAAGGCGAUGAAGGGGACAACUUUUAUGUGAUUGACCAAGGCGAAGUGGACGUGUACGUGAACGGGGAAUGGGUGACCAAUAUCGGAGAAGGUGGUAGUUUUGGUGAGCUGGCCCUGAUCUACGGGACUCCCAGAGCCGCCACAGUGAAGGCCAAGACGGAUCUGAAACUCUGGGGGAUCGACCGGGACAGCUACCGUCGCAUCCUCAUGGGCAGCACUCUAAGGAAGAGGAAGAUGUACGAAGAGUUCCUCAGCAAGGUGUCCAUCCUUGAGUCUUUGGAUAAAUGGGAGCGUCUGACCGUCGCCGAUGCUUUGGAACCCGUCCAGUUCGAAGACGGCGAAAAGAUCGUGGUCCAAGGCGAACCUGGUGAUGACUUCUUCAUCAUCACAGAGGGAAUAGCUUCUGUUCUGCAGCGCAGGUCCGACAAUGAAGAGUAUGUGGAAGUCGGACGCCUCGGACCCUCGGACUACUUUGGGGAAAUCGCCCUGCUGCUGAACCGUCCCAGGGCGGCCACCGUGGUCGCCCGCGGCCCCCUCAAGUGCGUGAAGCUGGACAGGCCCCGCUUUGAGCGCGUGCUGGGGCCCUGCUCCGAAAUCCUGAAGAGGAACAUCCAGAGAUACAACAGCUUCAUCUCCCUCACAGUGUGACGUGGUCGGAAAGCCACACCAGGGAUUGGGGGGGGGCGGUAGGGGUUUGUGGUGGGGGGGGUUGCAAGGGUUUUACAUUUCCAACGUCAGGGUGCUCAUUUCCUGCCUUUUUUUGUUUUCUUUGAUUUUGCAUCUUCUUUCUUUGAUGGCGUGCACUUUGACUCGACCCGUGCUGUCACGUAGCUUUAACGUCAAAAAACGCCGAGGAGACGGUAGACUCCAUUUUGUCUUGUUAACCAAUCAUACGCGGCGUGCCGGCUGUGUGGGAUGCAUGCCUCUCCCAGUGACUUUCAUGCAUUUACGUGCAGUGGGAGGAAGCCAGCACACCUUUUCCCUUUGCUUGCGGAUUGUGGUUUGCCUUUUUUAAUGGGGGGGGGCUUCAGACCUGCACGACACACAUUCAUGGAGGGGUGACGACGAUAUGGAUUUCCAGCGCUACUUGAAGGAAAAGUACACUUUUUUAUAUUUUUUUUAUUUUAGCCAUCAUCCACAAUCUGUAUGUGCGACAUUAGCGUUAGCUGUGGCUAACUGCUUAAGGCAUUGGGAGAGAGUAAGCUUAAGCUAGUCGCACUGCAUUGUGGCAAGGUGUCACUACGCCACUAAUGUAGUUCUUCAACCUAAUGUUGUUAAUAACAAUAACUUUAUCCCCCUAGUAUAACAUCCAAAAUCAUUCAAAAAGGAAGUUACACGUUUUCACUGAUUUACGAAAAUGUGAAAGUCAUAAUAUUAUGACUUUAUUGUUAUAAUACUUUAUCCCCAUAGUAUAACAUCCAAAAUAAUUCCAAAAAAAAGUUCAUUUUCAUUUUAAAAAAUUAUUUUAAUAUUUUGACUUUAUUGUUGUAAAAUUACAGCUGUUUUUUUGUUCCAUUCCCGUUUGUUUUUAUUUUUUGGUGGGGAAUUUUCCAACUAUUUCAAGUAUUUCAUGUUCCUAAUAUUAUGACUUUAUUCCCAUAAUAUUUUGACUUUAUUCAUGUAAUAUUAUAACUUUCGCCCCAUCCUAAUUUUCUUUUUUUCAAAUUUUUCAACUAUUUAUUCACUGAUUUAUGAAAAUGUAAAAGUCAUAAUAUUAUGACUUUAUUGUCAUAAUAUCUAGACUUUAUCCCCCUUGUAUAACAUCCAAAAUAAUUCCAAAAAAAGUUUAUUCUGAUUUUAAAAAAUUAUUUUAAUAUUUUGACUUUAUUGUUGUAAAAUUACAGCUGUUUUUUUUUUGUUCCAUUCCCGUUUGUUUUUAUUUUUUGGUGGGGAAUUUUCCAACUAUUUCAAGCAUUUCAUCUUCAUAAUAUUAUGACUUUAUUCCCAUAAUAUUUUGACUUAAUUAUUUUAAUAUUAUAACUUUUGCCGCACCCUGAUUUUGUAUUUCUUGUUCUAUUUAUUGCAAUUUAGAACAUAUUUUCUAAUAUAUUUUCUGAUAUUUUUCUAAUAUUUCAAGUCAAUAGCAAUGUUGCUUGGUUAGCAUGCAGCUCACAUGAUGGAAGCAGAGCCUUGCUGGUGGAAUAGGUGUGUCCCAUUAUGCGCAUUCUUAGCUGCCUAUUUUUAGAGCAUGUCUCACUAUAUGUACUUAUAAUAUUGCACAUUUUUUUUUCUCAGAAAAAGUUUUUUUUCUUGAUAGAAUACAAACUUUUGACUUUAUGGUCUUUAUCUCCAAGGCGUCUAAUAUGUAAUGUAGCUCUGAUGUAUACGCGUUCUUGAUCCUAUCCAUCCUGGUCACUCCCAAUGAGAAAAAUCUUUAAAAAAAAAAUUUCAUAUUUUCUCCUGGCAAAAUAAGUAUUUAUCAGGACAAAAUAUUAAAAAAAAAAAAAAGUGUACUUUUCCUUGAAGUGUGAUUUGAUCCAUUUAUGGCGGAAGUCUUCUCUUGCGGUUGAGGCGGUGGCGUGGGAUCGUCGUGGGAUAUUUGGGUCCAGACCGCCACACGCCCGUACACACGCACAUGUCUCAGGAUUUUCCAACACGCAACAUCUGAUCCUUGCCGUCGCUUGUUUCUUUUUUUUUUUGCUGGCCCAACGCUUUUGCAGCAUUUUGCUAGUAAUGUUGCGCAGUUUGAUUCCGCUCUUUGAAGUAAUAUAAAAUAAGAGAA